CAGGUCUUAUUUUUCAUUUGGAACUUUGCAAUCUUUUUUGUCAGUUCUUUUUUCGGUAAUUUAAACCCUUCUCGGAAUCCGAUGGAAACGGAACCAGAAACUACUGCCAAUAUCAAAUGGCAUGGCAAGUGGACCUACUUUUCCGUGCCUCCAAACAUGCAACAACGAUCCAAGGAAAUUAUACAAGAAUUUUUCCAAGUUACACCGAUUCAUUGUGUGCGAUACUUUGCGAACAACAACAGCAAAUAUAUUGAGAAGAUUUGGUGGCUGACCGUAUUUUUGACAUCCACUUACUUAUGUACCAGUUACAUAGUUGAGGUAAUCGGAAAGUGGAAACUGAAUCCGAUCAUCGUGACGUUUGACCAGCAGCCGGCGUCCAUUUAUACGAUUCCGUUUCCGGCUGUCACCGUUUGUCCGGAAACGAAGGUUAAAUCUUCGCAGUUCAAAUUUACCGAAGCCUUUGAGUUAGUGAGAAGUGGCCAGUUGAAUGAAUCUACCGAUGCUGAGAAAGUGAAAAACGUGCUAGCACUUCUACAGCUAUGUGAUCAUAACCUGUACGAUCGAAACGAGGAACCGUACGAUAAUGAAAUCCUUAAAAGGCUGCGAAAGAUGUCGAUUCCAUCGUUCGAGGUGUUCAACACCUGCCACUGGAAAGGUUAUCAGACGGAGUGUUUGAAAAUGUUCCGUAAUUCGCUGACCGAAAGAGGGUUUUGCUAUACUUUCAACAGUCUGGCCAACAACGAUAUUAUGAAGACCCGGGAGCUUCAUUCGACUUCCUCGUUCAAUUCAGAAACGCGUCACUCUGACUGGUCUCUGGAUAGUGGUUAUCGGGUGGGUGUCGGAAGUAACGCUUUUCCCCUGCGGGUUUCCAUUGGAGGAUAUCAUGGAAGCCUAGGGAUGUCACUAGUUGUCAACAAGAGCGACAUUGAUUAUCUUUGUGGGGACUCCUUCCAGGGCUACAAAGUGAUGCUGCAUAUGCCGAACGAACUCCCCCAAAUGAGUCACCAGUUCUUUCGGGUUCCACUGGACACAGAACUGACGGUCGCCAUUACCCCGCAAGUCAUGUUGACGGGAAAGCGAGCAGAGACCUACAGUCCCCAGAAACGUCACUGCUAUUAUUCCAAUGAGCGUAAGCUGCGCUACUUCCAGAUAUACACCGAGAAAAAUUGCGAAGCCGAAUGUUUAGCCAACUACACCCUAGAUAUGUGUGAAUGCGUCCGAUUCUCUAUGCCCCGAUCUCAGAACACGCCUAUUUGCACACUCCAUGAUAGUCCCUGUUAUCAGAAGGCGGUCUACCAGAUGCUCAAGUACGAAACCAUAGACGGUGAGCAAGAGAAAGAGCAUCUUGGAACCUGCAAUUGCAUGCCGGCCUGUAACGAUAUCGUUUACCAGACCCAGAUUUCUCAAGCACCCUGGAACUGGCAGAACGGAACCGUCUUCAGCUACAUGGAAAAACAAUUCGAAAAGGAUGAGGUACAUCAAUCGAAGGUGAUCAUUUACUUCAAGGAGACCCAGUUUAUUCCACUGAGGAGAACCGAAAUCAUCGGUGUAUCGGAAAUGAUUGCCAGCUGCGGUGGACUAAUGGGACUGUUUUUGGGCGUCAGCAUCGUCAGUUUAGUGGAAUUGGUUUACUACAUUACGCUGAAGCCGGUCCUCAUUUGGAUGGGGCAUAGUUCGUUGAUUACUGAUAACGUUAUUUAAUAUCUUUUGCUUAAUAAAAUUAUAUUUCUUAUUCUGCGAGACGGG